AUGGCAGCCAUACUGUUAGUCAUGCAGGAAGAGGCCGCUAGGCACUUACAGAGGGAACGCGUCUUCCGAGACAGAGUAGACCCUCUGGAUAGGCCUGACGACGAACUCUGGAGGAAGUACAGGUUCACUAGGGCGGGUCUACUCCGUCUCGUGGAUCAACUUGCCCCUGCAUUGAGCCAUCCGACAGCAAGGAAUUGCAGCUUAUCUGUUUUGCAGCAGUUAUGUGUGGCACUUAACUUUUACGCCACAGGGGCAGUACUGGAUUCUCCCAGUACUGUCCACGUAAUCAGCAGGGCAACUGCAUCCGCAACAAUCAACAAAGUAUCCAGAGCCAUCUGCAUCACUCUGAAGAGCAAGGUGAUCAAAUUCCCUCAGAGUCAAGCUGAUGUUGAGCGUACUCAAGCAGCAUUCCAGGCUAUUGCUGGGUUUCCAAGAGUAGUUGGAUGCAUCGAUGGGACCCAAAUCGGUCUCCACGGGGCACGCCUUGGCGAUGACGAACAUAUAUUCAUGAACAGAAAUGGGAGGUACUCGAUGAAUGUCCAACUGGUGUGCACACCAGACUACAGAAUCUCGAAUGCUGUAGUGAAAUGGCCAGGAUCCACACAUGACAGCAGGAUCUUGCAGAACAGCAAGUUGGCAAGGAAGUACCAUGUAGGACAGCUGAAAGGGAUAUUGCUCGGUGAUUCUGGGUAUCCCUCAAGACAAUGGCUGAUGACCCCCUUGCAGAAUCCCCAAAGCCAAGCUGAGAAAGCUUACAACAAUGCACAUAUCCGAACAAGAGUUCACAUUGAGCAGGUCAACGGUCAACUGAAACAAAAGUUCCGGUGCUUGCUUGGACAUGGACUGCAACGGAAGCCAAGGCAUGCUGUCAAAAUCAUCCUGUCCUGCUGCAUCCUCUACAACCUCAGCAAGGACUGUGGGGGUCCCGACAUGGAACACGAAGAGGGAGAGGACGAAAAGGGAGAGGACGAAGAGGGCGAGGACGGAUAUGAAGAGGUACACGCAGCUGCACAAGAUGAAGUCUCUGGAGUUGCAGCCCGGGCAGAGAUUAUCCAGUACUUCGCGGUCUAAUGAUGAGCUGUACAAGUGGUGAUUUCUGAAAUGAGGGAUGAUGAUCAAGGACUCUGUCAUUACCACUACCCCCCCCCCCCC